CCCCGUGUUUGGGAGGGCCACCAGCCGGGACUUCUGCCAAGGAGCCCGUGCCAGCUCCUGUGGAGGCCCCGUGCCCUUCCCGCUGCGCCCGCGUCGGCAGCCGAGGGGGCUCCUUCUGCUGCUGUGGGCAGGCACAGCAGGGGAGGCUUUGCUUAGUUUUUGAGCUGGGCCUAAAGUUCAUGUCCAGCUGUCUUAGAUACUUUGGAGAACGGGCUCCUUCCGACCUGGGGCAGGUUGGCCGGGCGGGGGGAGGCCCCAGGGCACGCAGCAGUGUGUCACAGGGCCCUUUGUGACACGGCGGGCAUCGCCGAUGGCGUGCAACGGGGCAGGGUGUCACAGGGCCCUUUGUGACACGUCAUGACAUAGUACCGGUGGUGACGUGGCCACGCCUCAGUGCUCCUCGGAGCGUGCGACGGGAGAGAUGGGAUAGAGCGGUGCUGUGCGGAGCCCCCGUGCAGCCAACUCCUUCCUUCCUGACCCGGAGCGUUUUGGAGGCUUUUCUGUGGUGCGAGCGUCCUUGAGGCCAGACCGCGGGACUUGGUGACACGGAGCUUUGGCGAGGUGUCUCCAAUCCCUGCGGCCAGUGCCCUUGAGGCCACACCGCAGGACUUGAGAACCCCUACCCUUUCCCAGGCUUUUCUCCCUUUCAGUUGCCCUUGAGGCCAGACCGCAGGACUGGUGACCCGGAAAUUUUCCGAGGAGUCUCCAAUCCCUGUGGCAGGUGGCCUCCAGGGCAGCCUGCAGGACUUGGGGACGCAGAGAUCUUCCAAGGUGUCUCCCUCUUGCAGGUGCCCUCAAGGCCAGACUGUGGGAUGGCGGGAAGACGCCUGAGCCUGCACAGGCUCUUCCGCGAGAAGAGGGUUAGCCCUGCGACCGACCCAACACAGCAGCCUGAAGAGGCGGAGCAGUUCCAGCCCCUGCAGGAGGAUCCAGGCCGGCAGCAGACACAAGAGCAGGACCGUGCCCGGGGCCGCUUCCGCAGGGCAGCACAGGCCUUUCUGAAAUUCGUUCCCGUUCGGCGAAGAAAGUACAGGGUCACACCAAUUGAGGACAUGGCGCAGCCUGACCCCACGCCGAGCGAGCUCCAGGUUGACCCCGAUGUCGGCACCGCGUCGACCGAUGGCCCAGCAAACCGUGACACCGCGGUGACCGACGACACGGCAACCUCCAACGCCGCGCCGCCUGAGCUCACCCCGCAGGCUGACGGUGCAAUGACUGAGGGCAUCGCAGACGCUGACAGAACACCCGUUCAGCACCUGCCCGAUGAUCCCAGUCUGGAGGUUCUUGAAGAGGAAGUGAUCUCUCUGGAAGUAGCCAUGGAGCCAGGCAGAGGCAUGGAGCAGAGACCCCCCUGGGUUUGCAAGCUGGCCUGGGUGAAGAAGGAGGAGAAGGAGAAAAGCCCUAGGCCUGCCCCAGCACAACACCCUGAGGAGGCGGAGCAGUUCCAGCCCUUGCAGGAGGGCCGGCACCGGACACAAGAGCAGGGCCGCGCCCGGGGCCGCUUCCGCAGAGCUCAUCAGAGGGUGCGGAAAUCUGCUCCCGUUCGGCGUAGAAAGGCCGGGACCUCAACAACCAAUGUCGUGGCACAGCCUGAGCCCAACCCCACCGAGCUCAAGGCCAAGGCUGACGCCCCAGGGACUGAGGGCAUCGCAGACGCGGACAGCACACCCGUUCAGCGCCUGCCCGAUGCUCCCAGUCUGCAUGUUCCUCAGGAGAGAGUUGUCUCUGCUCAAGUGCCACCUCUGGUGAGGUCCAUCCACUCGUGGCUGACCUCCAAUGUGUCUGCUGGGCACGUGCUGGAUAAGACCCUUCUGGCACUGACCGAGGCACACCCCGUGGAUGUCACCAUCACCCUCCUGCACUGUGCUCCCUCAUGUGACAGAGCUGCUGCAACCAUGUGGAGGACCAUAGCCUCAUCGGGAACCACUCUGCGGAAGGUGCUGCCAACACUGCUCUGCGUGAUGGAGGACUGGCCGUGGUACUACACACGCACCUCCGAUGGGGACAACACAGACGUCUUUGCCCUGGCUGCAACUCUGGCCCUGUGGAUGAUUGUCCAGGAGCCCCAGUGCCCAGGGCCUUUGAUGGACUAUUCCCCUCAUCUCCUCGUCGAUCUGCUCUUCCAAGUCUUCGACAGCACAGAGCAGACGUCAGAGGAGGUCAACACGUUCUGGAGGGGAUGCCAGGAGCAGCACGACCUUCCCACUGACCCCAACAGGUGCUCCUGCUCUGCACACAGGUUUGCAGUGCUGACCAUGAAGGCCCUGCUCUGCUGUCUCCACUGGGAGGAUGGGGUGAAUUCAGUGGAAGACAAUGGUGGCUGGGCCAGGCUCCUCAACGCUCACAGCCGCCGCUACGCAGUGGCCCUGCUGGCCAGGGAGAAGCGCCAUGUCUCCAGGCCCUUGUGUUCCCGCAUCACACUCCACCUGCUGGAGCUGCUGAGCAGGGAGGAGCUGUGCUGGGACCUGCCUGCCAUGGCAUUCCUUGUGGAGGUCCUGGACUGCCUGGACACCAAAGAAUGCGGUGACAGGGUCCUGGAGACGCUCUCAAGGAACUUGGGGAGCACCAACAAAAAGCGGCGUCAACUGGCGCUCAGAGUCGUCGUGGCUCUCAGCCAGGAUCCCGUGAUGGCCGAGAGCAUCUGGAGCCUGAGUGAAAGGCUCGUGCAGCUCCUGGGGGAUGCAGACAGAGAUGUGGUUUGGAUGACCCUCUCUGUGCUCGACCAUGUGCUCUGGACCAGUCUCUGGACACGGCGCCACGAGAGAGUCCGCAGCAAAGACCCCCUAAUAUCCACCCCCACCGGCCUGCAGUUGGCUGAGGCGCUCCGGCCACUCUUUGACCACGACGACAGCAGUGUGCGGCAGGGCUCCAUGGUCCUCUUCUCUCGUGUGAUCAAAGUGAUCGAGAGAGAGGGAAAGAGGCCCCUGAAGCCACUCGUGUGCCUGAGCCUGCUCCCGCUCUACUUCCACCGGCACGACGAGAAGGUGCUCGUGAAAAGGGCCUCUCAGGGAGCACUGCUGGCUGUGACCAGGUUCCUGAAGAGGAGGGAUCUUGGGCACCUGGUGAACACAGAGGAGCCAUGGAGCUUUGGCGAGUGCCUGCUGAAAAAGGACCAGAGACGAGUGGCCAAGUACAUGCACCAGGCCCUGCCGUACCUGCGGAGCCCACAGCAGCCCCUGCGAGAGGCAGCCGUCAAGUUCAUGGGGAUCGCCGGGGGGGUACUGAGGGGACAGCCCAAUGAGCUGCAGCUCAUCAUCGAUG